AUGUCCUCUUCUGGGACGGCAGCAUCUUGGGUGGGCUGGUUUUGUAGCAGCAAAGGGAACGAGUUCUUCUGCGAAGUCGAUGAAGACUACAUUAGUGACAAUUUUAACCUUACCGGUUUGAGCGAUUUCGUUCCGAAAUUCCGUGAAGCGCUCGAUAAAAUUCUUGAUCUCGAACCUGAUGAAUCAGUAGACGAUAGCGAUGCAGAGCUAGAAGAGAUCGAGAGACUUGCUGAGAAGCUUUAUGGACUCAUACACGCUAGGUUUAUCUUAACGAACAGGGGCCUCUCUAUGAUGCUACGAAAGUGGCAAGACGGUGAUUUUGGUACCUGCCCUCGCGUGUACUGUUACGAGCACCCUCUCCUACCGAUGGGAACUGUUGAUGUGCCUGGCCGAGAUACGGUAAAAAUGUUUUGUUCCUCUUGUAGUGACAUUUAUCAUCCAAAGCAUGCUCGCCACCAAGCACUGGAUGGAGCCUACUUUGGCACAUCCUUUCCAGAAAUGUUUUUGAUGAUGUAUCCAGAGUUUCGACGACCGAAACCUCAGCAGUUCGUCCCAAGACUGUUUGGAUUCAAAAUUCGUCAGCCGCCCCUCGACUGUCCUGCUGAUGAACAGCUUGAUGACUGA